AUGUCGGAAUUACCGUCCUCCCGAGUCACAGCAAGCAGACCGUUCUCCACCACCGGUAUAGAUUACUGGGGCCCUAUUCUGCUAAAACCAUCCCACCGUCGCGCCGGUCCCAAAAAAGCUUUUGUUGCAGUGUUCAUCUGCUUCGCUACCCGUGCGGCUCAUCUAGAGCUGGUUACCGACUUAACUACGGCCAAAUUCCUGCAGGCUUUGAGAAGAUUUGUGGCACGAAGAGGACUAUGCCACACAAUCUACUCGGACAACGGACGAAAUUUCAUCGGUGCAGCUAACGAGCUGCGCAACCUAAUCAAAGACAAGCAACACCACCAAGCACUAGCCAUCGAAUGUGCAGCCAACAACAUACGGUGGAUCUUCAACCCUCCCAAGGCCUCACACUUUGGCGGCCUGUGGGAGGCAGCCAUCCACUCCGCUCAGAAGCAUUUUGUGCGGGUUCUCGGCACUACUCUAAUCGCCCACGACGAUUUGGAAACACUAUUGACGCAGAUCGAAUGCUGCUUGAAUUCACGUCCUCUUACACCCCUAACCGAUGACCCAACGGACGACGAGGUCCUUACUCCUGGUCAUUUUUUGGUUGGUUCCGCACUCAAAUCCAUUCCUGAUUUUGACCUUGCGGAAGCUCCUUGUAAUCGACUAACCAAUUGGCAUAAGUGUCCGGCUCUGCCAAUCUCACAAUCUGUUGUUUGGUGUGUAACAGCUCUUUCCGUAGGGUAUCUAUACGAUGGAACGAGUCUUGGAUCUCGAUAUUAA